GCGGGGGGGUGGCGUCUCGUCAGCGUCGCUGCUGGCGCGGAGCCAUGAGGAGCCCGGGAGCUCCGGGACAGGUGGCUGGCAGUGCCGGGCGCUGGCUUUGUGCCCAGCCCCCGCCCUAGGCGCGGGACGAGCCAUGGGACAGGAACUGCCGGCGCGAGCCCGAGGCGGAGAGUUAAUAUCUGUGCGGGCGCCGCAGGGACGGACGGGCUCCGGGGACGCACGGACAGCAGGCCUCCCCCCGCAGGUCCCACUCCUGCCCCCAUGCGGAGCCCCUCUUUUCUCUCGUGGCCGCCGCCACCACUGUUGCUGCUGCUACUGUCUCCGUGGCCAGUCUCGGCCCAGGCGUCGGCUGCGGCCGCCCCCUCGGGAGCCCGGGGAGACUUGGCCUGCCCCGAGGCGUGCGCGUGCGCGCCAGGCGGUCAGGCCAACUGCUCCCGGCGCGAGCUGCCCGCCGUACCAGGGGGCCUGAACUGGAGCGUGCUCGCGCUGCUGCUGGACCACAACCGCGUGCGCGCGUUGCCGCCCGGUGCCUUCGUGGGCGCUGGGGCACUGCUACGCCUGGACCUGCGCGAGAAUGGGCUGCGCUGGAUGCACGCGCGGGCCUUCUGGGGCCUGGGCGCGCUGCAGCACCUCGACCUCAGCGCCAACCAGCUGGAAGCGCUAGCCCCCGGUACCUUCGCGCGGCUGCGCGCUCUGCGCGCCCUCUCGCUGGCCGGCAAUCGGCUAGCGCGCCUGGAACCUGCGGCCCUGGGCGCACUCCCGCUGCUGCACGAGCUCAGCCUGCAAGAUAACCAGCUGUCUGCGCUCCCUCCCGGCCUACUGGCCUGCCUGCCCGCUCUCAAUGCGCUGCGCCUCCGUGGCAACCCCUGGGCCUGCGGCUGCGCUCUGCGCCCGCUCUGCAUCUGGCUGCGCAGGCACCCACGGCCCGCGCCAGAGGCCGAGACGCUGCUCUGCGUGUCGCCGGGGAACCUGGUGCUCAGUCCCUUGACCGCCUUCCCCGACGCCGCCUUCAACCACUGCGCGCAGUCACUCGCCCCGCGGGACCUGGCCGUGGUCUACGCACUCGGGCCCGUGUCCUUCCUUGCCAGCCUGGCCGCCUGCCUGGCGCUGGGCACCGUGAUCACCGCCUGCCGCACGCGCCGCCGCCGCCUCGCCGCCGCCCGCCGCCCACCGAGGAGACCGCCGGAUCCCGGGCCCUGCUCGGCCUCGCUCGCAGACACUGGGAGCCCCGCCGCCGCCGCCCAAGCCUGAGCGGGCUGCGGCUGCCCUCGAAUCUUCCCUGUAUGCCCUGCCCCCCUUCACACUCCCUGCAGGCGUCAACAAGCGACACAAACUGAAA